AUGGAGCCCGUUCCCGCAGACGUUCUUGCUGCGCCCGCCAGCGGCUGGGCGGGCGGCGGAGAUCUCGAGGCGGAGUUGGCGGAGAUCGGCGCGCAGCUGGAGGCGGUGGCGGCUGUGCGCGACGAUCUGCGCGCGGCGGUGCAGCGGAUGGACGGGCUGACGCGGCAGGUGCAGUCGGACCUGCUGGGCGUGCAUCGGCGGCAGGAAGGCGCAGUGCAGCAGGCGGUGCAGAAGGCGCGGGAGAGCGUGCCAAAGCUGCAGGCGGCGUAUGCUGAGCUGGCAGCAAUCAUUGCUCGCCGCCCGGGCGAGUUCUACAGGCUCCCCACCACUAUCCUCCCGUCCCCCUCACUCUCCCACUCCACCCAUGGUGCGUGUCCCUCAGUGCGGGCAGCAUCGUUCAGCAUCGAUCUAGAGGACUAUCUCACCGGCCUCUGCGGUCUCUCCAAUGAAUUCCCGCGCUUUGUGAUGAACAGAGUGACAGCAGGGGAUUAUGCUGUCCCGCGAGUGGCGGCCGCCUUUCUCAACGACCUCUUCGCUGCCUUCCGCAAGCUCAACCUGCGCAACGACAUGCUCCGCAAGCGAUUCGACGGUGCGUAUAAAUACGACCGGAAAAGGAAAAAGGUGGAGAAGGUGGUGCAUGAGGUGCAGAUAACAGGGGUUGGUGGUGGCAGGGGGGCAUCUAUCAAUGCGUUUCUUUAUGUCCUUUCUCGCAUGCACACCUCCCGCUUGCAGGCAUCAAGCAUCAAGUACGACCUGAAGAAGGUGGAGGAGGUGGUGUAUGACGUGGAGAUACGAGGGCUGGCGAAAACAGCAGCAGAGCCCAUGCAAGAUGCAUAG